AUGGCGUCCCUACGACUUUUCUUCGCUUUACUUAUUUCUCUGGUUCUCUUCAAUGUUGGGCUCGUCACGGCCAAGACACAAGAUCAUACCAGCCUGACUUUUGCAAACAUCACUGGCUGCGCGGCCUCGUGUUUGCGUAAUAGCACAACACGAUUUUGCACUGUCGACGACACUCUCUGUCUGUGUACGAGUCCCGGCUUCACUGCCGACUGGAACGCAUGCACGCACAGCAAUUGCUCCCCCAAAGAUGUCCUAACCUCACGCCGCGUUCAGGCUGCCGUCUGCCACUUUGAUCACCCCGAUAAGAGCGGCGAAGAGACUGCGGUGGCUGUGUUGAUGUUCAUCAUUGUGGGAUUUUCCGUUGCCCUUCGGCUGGCUUCGAGGAGGUUGGCCCGAGAGUUUUUCAUUGAUGAUGUUCUCAUCUACUUGGCGACCUUGACGUCUCUGGCGUUGCUGGUGCCGCACCUCAUUGCCAUCCAGAAUGGCUUUGGCAAGCACUACUACGAUCUUCCCGACGGGGCCUUGACGAGGAUUGUAGAGCCCAUCUACAUACUCGAAAACUUUUACAUCGUAACACUGACGUUUAUUCGCAUCUCCAUUCUGUGCCUCUAUCUGCGUCUAUUCUACCGCUUUGGAUGGUUCCGCGCCCUCAUCAUAGGCAUCAUCCUCAUUGUCGUCGUCGCCAACGGUACAGUUCUCGUCCUCACCAUUCUCUCGUGUCGGCCCACGGAACGGAUAUGGGACACGCCGGGCCCUCGCGACGCCACCUGCAUGGAUGUGCACUCUCUCAGCACCUCGGUCGCCACCCUCUCCACCGCCGAGGACUUUUUGCUGGUGCUGCUGCCGCUGAUGCCCAUGCUGGUCGACAGGCUCAACAAGCCACCCAUGCCCGGCUUCCUUGUCCCGCUGCGUAGCAGAGUCUACGUCGUUGGCAUGUUUGCCGUUGGCACCCUUGCGGCCACAGCUUCGGCCUACAGGCUGGACACGUUGCUGCAAAUCGGCACAUCGUCCGACCCCAGCUGGGACUAUGUUCCCGUUGCCCACUGGUCUCUGCUGGAGUUCACUGGCGGCAUCGUCGUCGCCUGCCUCCCCGCGAUCCGAACCCUGGCUCAUAUUGUCCUGAAGAGGAAGGGCAUCACCUGGCUGGAGGAUGACGAUCAAGACACCCGCGGUACAGUCUACUACGUCCGCGACGGUGCCGAGGUCAAACAAGCCUCCCCCGGCACCACGACGACCGACCCCGAGGCCGUCGAAAACCAGCGAAUCAGCAAGCAGUACAAGCGCGCCUCGUGGGUCGCCAGCUCAAAGUCGCUGGCUCUGUCGAGGCCCGCCGCCCUUUACUGCCAUCCGGCCUUUGACGGCUGGGAAGAGAGCGACGCGCCAUCGGGCGCCGAGGAGGUCGACACGAGGACGAAGACGACACAAAAAAGCCCACAGAGACACUCUAAGUCCAGGUCGGUCGUGGGCCAUCACGUCUCCAUGCGGGAAGGGAAGAGUAGUCACAAGGACAUGAAUGCUCCUGUCAUCACAGUGGCCGAGCUGGAGGUUGAGCCUGUCCCUGAUGCAAAGAAGAAGUGGGACUGGAAGGGGGUGUUUAAAUCACCGAAAGCGGAUAGGAGGAGGGAGAACCAGGCCCAUGAGUCUGAAGAUGACACAGCCGAUGAGGCUCCAAAAGAUUGGAGGCAUAGUAACUGGGGUUGA